GAGCGGAAAUUCUGUGAGGGCAAAACAACAAAAAAAAAAGUUUGUGAUUUUCUUCCUGAAAGAUUGGAGUAGUAAGAAAGAUGGGUAUUCCUUAUGACGACGUGGUUAUUAUCACGCCACCAGAGAAGGAAGGUGAACCUAGCGUCAUUACUGUGAACUGCCCAGACAAGACUGGAUUGGGUUGCGAUCUCUGCCGUUUAAUUCUCUUCUUUGGGUUGAAUAUUGUAAGAGGAGAUGUUUCAACGGAUGGGAAGUGGUGCUACAUCGUGUUCUGGGUUGUAGGAAAACCCACGACGAGGUGGGAUUUAUUAAAAAGGAGACUGGUUGGGGCAUGUCCUUCUUGUAGUUCUGCUUCGGUAAUUUACUAUUAUAGGUCGGAGUUGCAGCAACAGAAGCCUCCUGACAUUUUCCUUUUGAAGUUUUGUUGUUUUGAUCGAAGAGGGCUUUUGCACGAUGUUACACAAGUCCUCUGCGAGCUUGAGCUCAUAAUCAGGAGAGUCAAGGUAUCGACCACUCCAGAUGGAAGAGUAGUGGACCUUUUCUUCAUCACAGACACCAGGGAACUUAUGCAUACAAAGAAGAGGCGGGAAGAUACUUGUGAUCGUUUGAGAGAUGUUUUGGGGGAUGGGAUGAUCAGUUGUGAGAUAGAAUUGACUGGUCCUGAAAUUGUCACAUGUUCACAGAAUUCCUCAUUUCUCCCUGUUGCAGCCAUGGGAGAUAUGUUCAGGUUAGAGCUUCCUGAAGAUCAUCCAAGUGGGUCUCCAAUCGCCAACAAUGUUUCUGUUACAAUGGACAAUUCCCUCAGCCCUUCUCACACACUUGUCCAAAUCAUUUGCCAAGAUCACAAAGGUCUCCUCUAUGACAUUAUGAGAACCUUGAAGGAUUAUAAUAUCCAGAUUUCUUAUGGUCGUUUCUCGAUGAAUGAAAGAAGACAAUGUGAGGUGGAUUUGUUCAUAAUGCAAGCAGAUGGAAAGAAGAUAGUUGAUCCAAGCAAGCAGAUUGCAUUGAAGUCUCGCCUUGGGAUGGAAGUGUUUCGUCCUCUAAGAGUAGCUGUGGUUAGCCGAGGUCCUGAUACAGAACUUCUGGUUGCAAACCCUGUAGAAUUAUCCGGCAAGGGCCGGCCACUUGUUUUUUAUGACAUCACCCUUGCACUCAAGAUGCUCGAUACGUGCAUCUUCUCGGCUGAGAUUGGGAGGCAUAUGAUUGGGGAUCGAGAAUGGGAAGUUUACAGAAUCCUUCUUGACGAGGGGGACGGCCCUUCAGUGCCAAGGGAGAAGAUCGAGGAGGAAGUCACAAAGAUGUUGAUGGGUUGGAAAUGAAUGCUGUUCUACCAGUUUCUGUAGGAGCUCCUCCAAUCCAGUGUACAGCAUACGUUCACCAGCCCCUUACUGAAUCCAGUUUGAUUUUCUAGAAGCAAUAGGUACUAAAUAU